UGGGGAACGACGGUUGGUUCGACGGGCCCGCACUCCCGAGUCACGCCGUUUGGCUCCCCGAGUCGCAUGCGAAUCUCCCGGCGAAGGAGCGAGGGAGGGGACGAGUUCCGCGGCGGCGUUCCGGGCUCGUCGGGCGUUUGGGGCGGCGGCGCGGCCAGGCGUCGAUCGCCGUCGCCGGGUCCCGCGAGGCAGACGGGGGUUAACCCGGCGGUGGGCGGCGGCGGCGGCGGCGGCGGCGGCGGACGGGGAGGGGAGGCUGGUGGGGUUCAUGUUCGAAGGGGUUCAUCCGAAGGGGUUCAUCCCGGCGGGGGUUCGCCUCGGGCGUCGUCCGCCUUUGCGUCGGCCAGGCCGUUCAAGUUCGCGGGCGAGUCGGGGCUGGGGUCGGGGCUGGGUGUCUCGCCGCCGAGGAGCACGCCGCCGGUCGCCCCUGGGGUCGGCGGCGGCUCGGAAGACGAUCGGGAGCUCAUCUUGCUCAGCCUCGAAUCUCGCGCGUCCACCCCGGACCCCAUCCUCUUACCAGCCGCCGAUGCCCCGUCCUCCUACCCCGCCAGCGAGGGCACCGCGGGCGACGACCGACCGUACGGAACCGAAGACGACGACGACGACGUCCUCGAGCAGAGCGCGAUCAUCGCGAGCCAGCUCGCGGGUGCGGACACGGACACCGACGAGGAGGAGGACGGGGACGACGAGGAGAGACAAGUUCUCGGGAGCGGCACCGACGACGACGACGACGCGACCUUCGACGAAACGUCCGAGCGGGGGUCCGGCCUGGGCGGCACCUCGUCCAGCGGCGGCGAGGACGACGUGGACGACGAGCUCAAGGACUUCGGCUUCACCAACGUCGCCACGCUGGCGCAGGAGAACCUGAGGCGCCUGAGCAUCUCCCAGUCCCGGGGACAAUCCGCGGCGCCCACGCCGCGGACGUCAAUCGCGGCGCCGCGAGUGAGCGUCCGGGGACCGAGACUCUCGCAGGUGGUGCACUCGCUGCGGAUGCACCAGGAACACGGCGAGGGAGACGAAGGGGAGGACGCGACGACGGAAGGAAGGGGGUGAGACCGCCGGAAGGGGGCUGAGACGAGGGACUCGACGCGUCUGGCGAUCAGUGACUAUUCUUCUCCGCCCGUGUUAAUAAACGUAAACGAGCGUCGCGUC